UCUGUUUCUAGUUAGAUAAAGUCACACGUGUGUCUCCAUUCGGUUCCUGUGAGCCGCCCCUGUGACGAGGUGACCGCACCCAGAGGAGAAGUUGACUCACACCCACCAAACCCGUAAACCGACACCAGCCGAGCCGAGCCGAGCCGAGCAGUCUGGACCCGGACUGAGACCACGAACACCCGCCGCAGGUUCUCCGCCCGAAGCUAACGGAGCUAGCAGAAGUUACGGUCACCAUGGCGGGCUGUCUGAGGGUCGCUGUUCUCCUUCUACUGGUUACUGGAACUUUAACGGACGACGGGUUCGAUCUCUUUGAUGCUUUGGACGAUCCAGUGUCAACUCCAAAGCCCAAAGAGCAGCCGAAGGCCCCGGAGAAGCCCAAAAGUGACGGUGGGCUGGACCUUCUCGACGCCUUUGGACCAGAUCCGACUGUAAAACCCAAGAAACCAAGCUCACGAGACUCUGGUGGCGCUGGACUGGAUCUGGAGGAUGCUCUCGGCCCUGAUCCUCAACCCAAACCUGAUAAACCUGCUGUGAAGCCACCAAGCAGUGGAGGUGGAGGAACCUUUGGUGACUCCGACUUAUUGGACGUCAGUGGUGGAGACUACAAGCCCGAGGGAGGUGGAGGUGGAGCAGGGGACUCCGGCUACAAUCAGGGUGGAGCCGACGAGCCUAAAGAUCCAGAACUUCUGUGGGGCCAAAUCCUGAAGACGCUAAACGCUAACAUGCCAGAGGAGUUCUAUAUGUGGAUAUCCAACUUAAAGAAAUCGUUGAUGCCUCUGUUAGAGCGGGCCAUGGAUCUGCUGCAGGCCGGGCCGUAAAAAAGGGCCUUUGACAGCGGCCAUGUGGAGGUGGUAGAUGUCCUCCGAAGAUAUCCCCUCCUAUCGACUCGCAGAUCAGCCGUAUAGUUUGGUGCUGGUGGACUCUCCCUUUAAGUUGUCUCAGGUUUACAGUGUGCUGUGUAUAAAGCAUCGGCCCUUUUUUUGUUUCUUUUUUGCUUUUACCUCUUGGCUCAUAGCGUCUCACAUAGAAAACCUGUCUCCAUGUGUGUAACGUGAAGUGAAAGAGUGUUGUUCUGUUGUUCGCGACGUGUGAGACUGUAGAAUAGGGUUGCCCGUGUAGGUUGUUUUUAAUAAGCUCUCAUGACUCCCUGUGUGGCUCUGUGGAGUUCUCCUGCAGCUGUAGAAUCUGUACGUACGGUGUGUGCUUGUUAGGGUAGAGGUCAGGACUCUUCACGCGGCUCAUCGACUGGCCGUGGAACUCAUGGGUAUUUCUCUGCGUUCUCUUUGGGACCAGUCAGGAUAUUUAUUGGGGCGUGUUCUUUGAAGUAGAAGCUUUUGUCUUUGUGGGAUUUGUGAGGCGGCUGAGAUGAUUACAUUGUGUAAGUCAUGAGACGUAUGAAGCAUAAUGAAUAAAAGGCAACAUUCAGCGCUCACUUCA